CAGUCUACCACAAUGAUUUAUCUUUCAGGGCUUGUUGGCCUUCUGCUGGUGCUCACAGUUAAUGCUAGAGUUGGAAAUUCCACCAUAGACUUUUGUUGGGAGACAGAACAAUGUCUGCUGUUUGAUCUGAUCUGUGAGACUGACAAAUUUGAGGCCCGUCACUAUGACUCUGUGAAAUGGGUUUCAUCUGAUGAGACAUCCUGCAUCAUGGAAGUUGCAGCAAUGAGAGCUUUCAGACGACUGCAAGAAUACAUCACUGGUACCAACGAGAAUGGACAGGAAAUGAAAAUGGUGGCUCCUGUUAUUGUGAAAAUCUCUGACAAGAGAAUGUGGGAAAGCGGUACCUACACAGUGAGUUUCUUGCUGCCAGCUGAACAUCAGCAGAAUCCCCCCAAACCUAUUGAUGAUAAGGUGUACAUACACGUAAUGCCAAAAAUGGAAGUGUAUGUAUUGAGCUACGGAGGAUGGAUGAUAAGCAUGGUUGAACAUAUUCAGGCUUACAGAUUGUCCUGUGCCCUUGACUCAGUUGAUGCAAAGUACAAAAAAGGCUUCCACUAUGCCGUUGGAUAUAACGGCUUUACAACAUUUUUCAACAGGCACAAUGAGGUGUGGUUUGUCAUUGAAGAUGAGCCAGAAUGUUCCAGCAGCAGUGAGGAACUGUAGUUUUCUUCUUUUGCAGCAGACAGUGUAUACGAAGAGAUGUUGUAGCUGACUAUUGCUUCAAGUCAUAUUGUACCAUAUAAAUAACCUG